AUGGUGUUGCAAUACUUUGCCACUCGAUCUUCGACCUCGGUGAUGAGCUUGCGUUAUAAACUUCAGUUUCUCAAGAAGGGAGAAGAUAUUAUGCGUGUGUACAUUGCCAAGGUUAAAGAAGUUUGUGAUGCCUUGGCUUCAUGUAGAAGUUUGAUUCCUCUGGUAGGGCAUAUUACUAGUAUUUUGAAGGGUUUACUGCGUGAGUGUCAGCCUUUUAUGGCUGUUAUUACAUCAAGUGAUGACAUGUUGCCUUUGGAUAAGGUAUGCACCAUGCUUAUAGAUGUAGAAACACAGAUUACUGGGUUUGCUGCUCAAGAAGAAAUUGUAGUGGCUACAACUCACCUUACUCAUGGAUCUGGUCCUGGUGACUUCUCUAAAUGUUCAUAUUCAAACUAUGAUAAAUAUCGUAUGUCAACUGCUUGUGAUGUGCAUCAUGUCACUCCUGAUGCUGAUAUUAUAACCCACUGUACUGGUCGUAGUGGUCCAGGUAAGCUGGUUGUGGGUGAUGGUGUUUCAUUAGCUGUUGAUUUGGUUGGUAAUACGACCAUGCAGUUUUCUUCUAGAAUGUUGUUAGUCAAUGAUUUGCUUCAUGUGCCUGGUAUAACUCAGAAUUUACUUUCUGUAUCCAAGUUUGCUAGGGACAUCAACGCUGUGCAAAGUGAUUGGGGUGGGGAGUAUCGCAACCUCUCGUCUGUUUUGUUGACAAUGUUGCUUUGCCCUCACAUGUCUGAGCAGAAUAGUGUAGUAGAAAGGAAUCAUCGACACAUCAUUGAACUUGCUUGGGUCUUGAAUGGACUAUCACCUCACAAGAAGUUGUGGGGGAAGAAACUAGAGUAUGAGUUCAUGAAGGUCUUUGAGUGCAAGUGUUUUCCUCACUUGAGAAUGUUUCAGCAGCACAAACAUGAUUUUCGGUCUCAACUAUGGAUUUUUAGUUCAAGUAAGGCUACUGUGCCUUGUAAACAGAAAUCUACAACAAUUAAACUUAUAACCGUAUGCGACAGUUUCAAACCGAUAGUUGAUGUAAAUACAUAUAGUGUUGAUGGAGGUUCGGGUGAUAUGGGUCAGACCACUAUAGAUAUGGGUGAUACUUCUCUAGGAGCUGCAGUUCAACAAGAACAAGGUGGUGCAACUUCCGUCAAUGCAGCUGAGGAUGAUGAUCUAGUGGGUCGAGUGCAGCCUGUGGCUGUGUCUGAUUUCUUUCACAAUGUUGCUCCUCCACCUAAGUUGUAUUUGGCUAGCUAUGAUGAUAUGGAACCUGUGAAUGUAUAUGAGGCACUUCAGCCUUCUCAUUGGAGAGUUGCAGUGCACGUAGAAUUUGAAGCUUUACGAAAGAAUGGUACAUGGAUUCUUUUGAAGCUUCCUGAAGGGCGGUCAGUGGUUGGAUGUAAAUGGCUUUUUAAGUUGAAAAAGAACCCUGAUGGCUCGAUCAACAGAUAUAAAGCUAGAUUGGUGUACAUGAAUAAUUCAUUUUUGCAUGGUGAUAUUCAUGAUGAGGUUUUCAUGCAACAACCACAUGGGUUCGAACAAGUAGCUGCUGAUGGUAGUCCUUUGAUUGAGGAAGUAGUGAGGUUGCUUGGGAGUGAGUUUGCCUUAACAGACCUUGGUGAUCCAUAUUAUUUUUUGGGCAUAGAAGUUAAGCGUUAUGGAAGUUCAUUGAUUCUUAGCCAACAUAAGUUUAUUUUAGAGCUAUUAAUGAAGACUACGAUGAGUACUGCCAAUUCUACCUCUACACCUAUGAUUAUAUCCGCUAAGUUGAAUCAAGGUGCAUGA